AUGAUAUCAUGUGGAAUUCAAUCGGAAACAAGAGCAUUGGGGCAAGCACAGCAAGCAUUGGAAAGAUAUUUGGCCGCCUUAUAUCCAACUUAUGAAUCAACAUGGACACGUCCAGAUGUAUCUUUAGAUGUAGAGGAUUUGGAAGACGAAGAAGAAGAAGAAAAACCAGAUGAACAAGACAACAACACGUCAAGGAAAGAUCGUCGAUUCCAAGCAGUAGACACAGCAAGUGGUGGAUUGAUCUUUUACCGAUUCCGUAUUAAUAUCAAGCCAACCAACUUUAUCGAUACCAUGAUAGAACAUCUUAUCAAUAAGAAAAAGGAUCAAGAAAAAGAAGUAGAGAAGGAAUUGGCUCUGAUCAAUCAUUGUCAUCGUUUUGUUCCUUUGGAUUAUAUUUGUCCUGUCACUACCGAACGUAUCAGUACCUGUUUUAUCAAUCGUGUGAUUCCAGAAUGUUUAGCUUCUCUUCCUGCCAAUACCACCGUCGCCAUUCUCACCGAACUUCGAAACAAUAUCUCUAUCACCAAACAAGAAAUCAUUGCUAUCAUUGCUCCUACAUUACCUACUCAUCUCAAAGUUGAUCUCAAGAAUCCAGACUAUGUCAUUUUUGUCACUAUCUUCAAAAGUGUAUGUGGCAUUAGUGUACUGAAGGAUUAUUAUAAAAAAAAGAAAUAUAAUAUCAGUGCCCUUAUUUAG